AUGGCUGCCGCGACCGACUUCAGAUCGUCCGUCGACAUUCCUCCGCCGCAGCGCGAACGGAUGGGUAGCAUGUCGCUGGGACAGCCCCCCGCCGGCGAGAACGGAGGCAGCGUUGCGAACGGCGCCGCGCCGCCAGCUGCAGUCACCAGCCCGACCGGUCCUUCGAACCCCAACCACAUCGACGCCCCGAAGGAGGUCCAGGACGUGCUGCAGUCCGAGAUCGGUGUGUCUGCUAUGCUCAAUAGAUUGAAGCAGAGCAUUGCCUCAGUCAGGGAAUUCGCCAUGUUCCUCAAGAAGAGGGGUCAACUCGAGCAAGACCAUUCGAACCACUUGAAGAAGCUGUCUCAGGGGACGAUGGAGACCAUGUCGCGCGGCGAGCACAAGGGAGGCACUUUUGCAUCGGCUUACAGCCAAAUGAUGGAGACGCACAACCGGAUGGCAGAUAACGGCGUGCAGUUCGGACAGUCCCUGCAGACCAUGCAUGAGGAUUUGCUGGAGCUUGCGGCUAUGGCCGAGAAGAACAGGAAGGGCUGGAAGCAGAAUGGUCUGGCCGCGGAGCAGCGAGUCGCCGACCUCGAGACGGCCAUGCGCAAGUCGAAAGCCAAGUACGAGUCUCUGGCCGAGGAGUAUGACCGUGUUCGCACUGGCGACACUGGCGGCCAGCGACCCAAAUUUGGCUUCAAGGGCCACAAGUCGGCGGCGCAGCAAGAAGAGGAUCUUCUUCGCAAGGUGCAGGCCGCCGAUGAAGAUUACAAGGGCAAGGUACAGACCUAUCAGGUGGAGCGUAGUGAAUUGAUCAAGACGGCGAGGCCCGAUGCGGUGAAGGCGCUCCACGAUAACAUCAGGGAGUGCGAUAGCGGGUUGGCUUUGCAGAUGCAGAAAUUUGCUUCAUUCAACGAGAAGCUGCUUUUGAGCAAUGGCCUCAGCAUCAGCCCCCUCAAAGGUCCCGGCAAGCCAGACGCACGCAGUCUUAAGGAGAUUGCAAGCUCCAUCGAUAACGAACGAGACUUGAACGAAUAUAUCGGAGGCUAUCAUAACAAGCUGCCACCACGCACGGGCGAGCCUGUGUACGAGCGUCAUCCUGUUCUCGACAACACUAGGCAGAACCCGCCGCCAUCUCAAGCCCCGUCAGCCGUGCAGAGCCCAACUCAAGCUAUGGGCCAGCCGCCCAUGGGUCCCGGACCAGUCCAGCAACCGGCCUCAAUGUCAUCACGGACCGGACCGAUCGGAGGCUUCCCCGAUGCAAGCCAGUCUCCAGGAGGGGCGCCUCCCAUGGGACCCGUGCCUGUGAUGCCCGCAGCUCAACGUCAAGGCUCUGGUCAGCACGAGCGCAGUUUCAGCCACAGCAGUAUGUAUGGGCAAGGUAACCAGGGCCAGCAGCAGUCGCCGUUCUCGACUCGCAACUCUGCGCAACCGACCGUCCCGAACUCUCGAUUCAAUACCUCAGCCAAUUCUUCACAAGGACCACCUCAGUUAGGAGCUUUGUCGUUUCAGACAUCACAGCCACAACAACCGCCGCAACUCCAAGGGCCCCCAGGACCUCAGGGACCGAUUUCCAACCCCUUGAUGUCUCACCCGCCCAAUCAACGGCCCGGAUCAAGUGGUCUCGGUCAGGUCCGCGCCCAGUCACCCCCGCAAAUGGCCCCUACCAAGCCCGUCUUUGGUAUCUCGCUCUCUCGGCUCUACGACCGCGAUGCGCUGGCCGUGCCCAUGGUCGUCUACCAGUGCAUCCAGGCCGUUGACCUAUACGGUCUGAGUGUGGAGGGCAUUUACCGGUUGUCUGGCUCUGUCCCGCACGUAAACAAGCUCAAGGGCAUGUUUGAUACAGGAGAUUCCAACUCGGCGAAUCUCGACUUCAGGAACCCCGAGAACUUCUUCCACGACGUCAAUAGUGUUGCCGGUCUGUUGAAGCAGUUCUUCCGGGACCUCCCUGACCCCCUUCUGACCAAGGAGCACUAUUCGGGUUUUAUCGAGGCAGCCAAAAAUGAUGAUGAUAUUGUCCGUCGUGACUCGCUCCAUGCGAUCAUCAACUCGCUGCCAGAUCCCAACUACGCCACGUUGCGCGCGUUGACACUCCAUCUCCACCGUGUCAUGGAGAACUCCAAGGUCAACAGAAUGAGCUCGCAGAACUUGGCUAUCGUGUUUGGCCCGACUCUGAUGGGCACCGGUUCCGGCUCUAACAUCGCCGACGCUGGCUGGCAGGUCAGGGCUGUGGACACCAUUCUGCAGAACACAUACCAGAUUUUUGACGAUGACUGA